AUGACCAUCUCCGAACAAGACGCCGCUGCACGCCUUGCGGUACGGAAACCCAUUCCGAAACCGGUUCCCGCCUAUCUUCCUACAGCCGGCUCUCCUCUCUCCGUCGACAAGGACCUCUACUCCACCAUACAACAAGCCCCACGUGUCCUUAUCGAGGAAUUCACCAUCCCUAUCCGCUCCGGCCGCGCCUGGACCGCACCAGCCGGCUCCAUCAUCCGCAUAUCCACCCCUGAAGGCCCCCAAGUGGGUGACCUCAAUAUUUGGAACCUUCACAACCCCCGCGAACGCUUCUGGGCCUCGCGGACCAAACAGCUCUAUGCCUCGCACGUCUCGACCUACGAUAGGCUCUGGUCCAACUUACCCUUCAUGCGGCCGAUGAUGACCAUUAUCGCCGACACGUUGUCCUGUGACGGAGAGUUCGACUUCCACUGCCACUCGAACCUGACGAGGGCGGUGAUGGAGUAUGGGCUGAACGAAGGUGAUGUGCAUGAUGUUAUUAACCUGUUCCAGGUGACGGGCUGGGAUGAGAAGGGGCGGUACUUCAUGAGCCCCUGUCCGGCGACCGAGGGGGAUUUUGUGGAGUUUCUGGCGGAACAGGACGUUUUGAUGGCACUGAGCACUUGCCCCGGCGGCAACCUUUCUCUCUGGGGCUUCGGAAGCGAUAACGAGAAGGAGAUGAUCAAGUGCUGCCGGCCCUUGAAAGUUGAAGUGUUCCGUUUCGAAGAUAAGGAGCUGCUUGACCGAAGCGGGUGGAAGCCGGCAGAAAAGGCAAACUAUCGCGGCCGACAUGGGCUGGUUGUUGCGGAACGAAGCACAAGCACCAAGUGA